UAACAAAAAUAUAUAUACUUCGUCUGAUCUUAACUUUUCUAAUCAAAGUCUUAAAUAUCAACCUAUUUUCGCUCUCAAUCUUUUCACUCUCUCUCUCUUAUUCAUAGAAAAAAAAAACCCAAAUCAAUUUUGCCCUAAUUUCUAUCUUUUCUAAUCUCAAUUACUCUCACUCACCUGCAUAUUUGAUUUUCUGAUCGAUCAAUUCGCUAAUUCACUUCUUCGAGGUGCGAUUUCAUCACUCAAUUUUUUAAUUCAUCUGCUCUUUUUCUUUAAUUCAAAUAUCUUAAACCCUAACUCACAAUUCCAAACACGUUUCGUCGAUAAAUUCCCCCAAAUCCGUUAAUUUUAUUGCAAUGGAUCUGGAAACUGAGAAUCGAAUAGCAGCAAUUCUAUUGAAAGAAGCUGCAGAAAUUCGGCGGCAAGCUCAGCAAGAUGGUGCGCUUGCUUAUCUUCGCAAUCCUACUGUUCGAGGUCGCCCUAAUUCUCGCUUUCUUACUGCCACUGUUCGCGGAAUCCAACAAGUUAAUCGGGCUGUGGAGGUAAAUGAAAUGUGGCGGGUUCGGCAGAAGGAGAAAGAGCUGGAUGAUAGGCUUAAAGAUAGGUCAAGGGAUUAUUACAGAUACAGUAGCAGAGAUGAAAAAAGAGAUUUGGCUGGAAGCCAGAGCAAGAGGCAUAGUUCAAAUUCGUCAUGCUCAUCAAGCAAAAGAUCAUAUGAAGAUUACUCUAAAGAAGACGAAGACAAAGACGAAGACGAAGGCUUGAAGGAUGAAGAGAUUGAGGAGUUUCUGCACUCAAGGGUGAAGCGUGGUAGGGGUUCUAUAGGGUCAAGGAUGGAUGAAACUGGUCCUUUUCUUCCCCGUUCUUCAGAAUCUCCAGAUGGUGUGGCCACUGACUAUAGCAAGGAUGAGAGGCGUCAUAAGGCUGUUCUUGGUCCAGAGAAGCCCUCAUCUUGGAAACAUUGUGAAUCUUCUGAUGAAUCAUCUGACGAAUCAUCUGACAAUCAUGAGCAAAAGAAAAAGAGAUCCAAGAAGACUAGUUCAGGAGGAUCAAAAAAGAAACACUCCAAGAAGCAUAAAUCAAAAGAGAAGUCAAGGGAUAAGAAAAGGAGAAAGAAGGACAAACGACAUAAACACUAACUAAGCUAAACUGCAACUCUUGAAUUUAUAUCGAGGGUUCAAUUCUCUUUGAUGUUCAUAUAUCAUGUUCCUAUUAACAAUUGAACAAUGAUUCUCGAUUCCUGGCAUGCACGAUGUUACAAGUGUACUUUUUUUUAUUUUGGUGUUCCAUUGUAUGUAAUUAUGUAGAUGCAGUGGAUACCAAAAAGUAUCAAUGUAAUAAGCAGCAGCUGGUUUUUGUACAAUUUUUUGUUAAUAUAAUGAGUUUGAUAUUGGCUACCUUA